AUUUUGCAGGAUGGGUUAUGUGCAGUGCACCUAUUCACGACAAUUGAAAAUGUUUUACUGCGUCAGCGUAAGAAAAUAACUGAGAUUCUUACAACUGUCCUGUUUUAUUAAUUAAGGUAGUUAUGCGUUAGUACGGAAAUCCGCAAGUUGGGUCUCCAAAACUAAGUUGAAAGCAUAGUGAAUAAAGGGAGCACUGAACGCUAAGUGUGGAAGACGCUAAAGACGCUAUCAUUGAAAUGCGCAGAAAAGAGGAGUAAUUAGUCAAUGGAGAAAUCUGACAACGAAACCGCAGGUGCUGAAACGGACAGCUCCAAGCACAGCGUCCGUGCUCUCACCGGGUGCGUCCUGUUCAUCCUGAUCGUCUCCACGCUUUUUGGGAAUACGCUAGUGUGCGCCGCUGUGAUCAAAUUUCGACACCUUAGAUCUAAAGUGACUAACUUUUUUGUCAUCUCCUUGGCGGUGUCGGAUCUAUUCGUGGCCAUUCUGGUGAUGCCGUGGAAGGCUAUGUCUGAAGUGGCCGGCUGCUGGAUCUUCGGCAGCUUCUGUGAUACCUGGAUAGCUUUUGACAUCAUGUGCUCUACCGCGUCUAUUCUCAAUCUUUGUAUAAUAAGUAUGGACCGAUACUGGGCAAUUUCGAGCCCUUUUCGAUAUGAGCGUAAAAUGACUCAAAGGUUUGCUUUCGUUAUGAUCGGAGUGGCAUGGACCCUCUCCAUUCUUAUCUCCUUCAUUCCCGUUCAACUCAAUUGGCACAAGUCAGUGGAGGAAAAGGAAACAGUGGACGACACUAAUCAAAUCAACCAAAUAGAGGACUGCAACGCAAGCUUGAAUAGCACGUAUGCCAUAUCCUCGUCCUUGAUAAGUUUUUACAUUCCAGUCGUUAUUAUGGUUGGCACUUAUACACGAAUUUACCGGAUUGCGCAAACCCAGAUCCGGAGAAUAUCAUCCUUGGAGACAGCCGUGGAAAACGCACAGAACAAUCAGCAAGCAACCGAGAAAACAAACUCAUUAAAAACAACCUUUAGAAAAGAAACGAAAGUUUUGAAGACACUCUCUAUCAUUAUGGGAGUGUUUGUAUUUUGCUGGCUGCCUUUUUUCGUGGUCAACUGCAUAGUACCUUUUUGUGACAUUAACAAUCUUGGUGAUCGCCUGUGCGUAAGUAACACCACUUUUAACAUUUUUGUGUGGUUUGGAUGGGCAAACUCAUCGUUAAACCCAGUCAUAUACGCUUUUAAUGCUGAUUUCAGAAAAGCAUUCUCCGCCAUUCUGGGCUGCAAAAGAUACUGUUCCAGUGCUGUAGAAGCUGUCCAUUUCAGCAACGAGUUAAUGUCUUACCGCCACGACACUACGUUCCAGAACACAACUAUCAAUGCCUCUGCGCAUUGUGCGCAACGCCUACCCAUGGUCUCACACGGUGAAGAUUUGGACCUACCAUUUGACAAAGUCUCCGUUGUCUCUAAUACCUCACGUAACCAAAGAGACCUUAUCCUGCCUGCAAUACUGCAGCUUGAAUGUGAAGCAGAAAUAUCAUUAGAUAUGAUGCCUUUCCCCUCAACUGGACCCAGUGAGUGUUAUGUGAUUCCAGGUCAAAUUGAGGAUCUGUGAAACUAGUCUACAUUUUGAUCACUUUGUGUCUUUUUUUAUGUUUGAUCUACAAAAGUGCAGUUAUUAUCACUAUUUUCUGACAUCCUGAUGGUUUUAUAGUGUGCAAUAUUCUGGCACAUCAGUGUACAUAAAAGCAUUGGUACAAACCCCAAGUAAUUGAGUUGAAGAUGAAAAAGAAAAAGAUUACACUGACCAAUAAAUUGCUCUUUGUUAUUUGUAAUUUUUAUAACUCAUCAGGAAAUGUAAUUAUGUUAAUACAAUACAUUGUGUACUUUAAUACCAUUCCACUCAAAGGGAAUGAAAGAUACAUCAUGCGUGGGCGAGUAAGUCUUUGAUGUGGUAAAAUGCAGGAACCAAGUAGUAUAAUUACAGAUAAUUGGCUGUUUAAUUGCAGUGGCAAUUAUGUGGCAGUUAUCUUGUGAAUGUAGCAGCAGGUUUAACUAUGAAAGCAUACCCACUCCAGGAGAGGUAGGGAGUGAAGAGUACAGGUUUGCUAAACAUAUAAGUGAUAUAUAAAAACAAACAUACAUUGGAGCCAAGGUAGACAUUUAUGGGCCAGUUUCCCGGACAACGGAGAGUGUUUUAUAGCCCAAGGCCAGGCUUAAUCUGUGUCUGGGGGAGUACAAUUUGGCCUGUAUUCACAACCAUCUCAGAGUAGGAAAAUUGAACUAGAAUCACUUCCGCCUUGUAAAUCAUAAUGAAUUAGAGGGGGUGGGAUGUAAUCCUAGAUAAACACUCGUUCUCUGAAACACUUUGUGAAUAAGGGCCCUGGGGCUUCAUUUAUAACGAUUGUGUACAUUUUACACUCAAUUUCUGCAUGCGCUAUUUCUGAAAAGAUGGCACAAGCACACAAAUAUUGACAUGUAUAAACUUGGCUCACGCCAUACACAUGUUUCCAUUUAUAAAUCAGACUCGGCGGAAAACGUGUGGAGGAUCACCAAUGUUUUCUUUUCCAGUGACAUUUGACCGUUUCUGAAACACAAAAAGAAUUGCAAAUUGUUGUGGACCUGUAAACAGAUAGUUUGAAUUCAAUAAUGUUUUGCAUUUACUUUCUCUACUCAGAAGAAAAUAAAAGCUACAGUAGGCCAAUUUACACACUUC